GUUUGGUUUUUAAUUCGAUUUUUCUUGGGAAGCCUAAUUUGCAAAUUUCUUAAAUCUAUUUUGGCAAUGGAUUAAGAAAUCUAUCGUUAGGCGAAAGAGAUGAUGGAUAUGUAAUAAUAUGUCCGGUCACUAUACGGCAAGAGUCUCUUGGAUAACAGUCACUAAACCAAAAGAUCAAGGCGGAUUGGGAAUUAGGGACCUCUAUGUUUGGAAUAAAGCUUCUAUCAUCAAACUUAUUUGGCUCCUCUUCUUUCAGUCAGGAUCGGUUUGGGUUGCAUGGUUUAGGCUUCACUUCCUCAAAGGUUCCUUAAACAACUUCUGGACAAUGAAAAAACGGCAAAACUACUCUUGGUUGGCCAAUAAACUGCUGAAGUAUAGAGGCGUUGUGUAUGAUUGGAUAAAAAUGCGAAUAGGGAAUGGGCUUACCUGCAGGUUUUGGACUGACAAUUGGUCUCCAUUUGGCAAACUAUUGGAGUAUUUCACUGGUGCAGCCCGGUCAAGAAUGGGGAUACCAAUUGCUACUACUUUGUCACAGUUGUACCGACGAGGACAAUGGAUGCUUUCUCAUGCCCGAACUGAGAACCAGGUCUCUCUCCUUACCUUCCUCACUACUUUGACUCUGAAUGAUCAAAAUGACUACUAUGAAUGGGAAUUAGAGGGCAAGACGUACGGCCGCUACUCUACGGGAGCAAUAUAUCACCUACUGCGAGAAGAUUCACCUAUUGUCCCUUGGAGUAAAGUGGUUUGGUUCUCAGGUGGGAUCCCAAAGCACAUCUUCCACGCUUGGCUUCUAGUCCUGAAUAGGUGCCCUACUAGAGAUCGCAUGCUUCGUUGGGGGCUUCAAACCAAGGCCGAAUGCUUGCUCUGCAACAACUCAUUGGAAAGUCGGGAUCAUUUAUUCUUCAAUUGUAGCUACUCUUGGAUUGUUUGGGCACCGGUAGCUGUUCGUUGUGGACUCCAACCUAAUCGCUCCUGGGAUCGAACUCUCAAUCACCUUCAAGCGCUGACUGGCCCACGGGCGAAUAAACGCCUCUCGCUUCUGGUAUGGCAGUGCUCUCUAUACUUGCUCUGGGGAGAAAGAAACAACCGACUCCAUCGACAGAGUUUCAAAUCGGCUGAUUCGUUAAGGCUUCUCAUUGACUCGAUCAUUCGCAACAGAAUAGCUUCUUUCAGAGAUUCUAACCAUGCUCUAGCUUCUUCUAUGUUUCAGCGAUGGAUCUCCUCCUCUUAAUCCUCCUACUGACGGUUCACUAUUCCAUCGCCUUGUCACCUACUAGGUUCACACUAAGAUCUUCUAGAUGUGUUUUUCUAUUUUGGGUUUAUUGGGCUUUUGCUCCUCUUUUUAAAUGGCUAAGGCCAUAAACGAUUAACUAGAGCCGGGCUGGGCUUUUGUAAUU